AUGAGCUCACGAUACAAUUUGAGAUCGAAUCCGUAUUCUGAUCUGAUUCCACCUAUUACUCAUUCGAAACAACCUUUGCAUAGAUCAACUCUCGAUCAAGCAAUCCAUACGGAUCUUCCACUCACAAAUGAUUCUUCUGAUUUUUCUGAUCAAGAGGAGAUGGCUAAUCUAACUGUCAAAGAGAUGGUUGUACCAACCGUUGACCAACAACCUUUAUGCAUUCGAUACAAUGAUACGGCAGGGGGAGCUUUUGAGCUUAAAUCUGGGAUGAUUCAUCUUCUACCAAUUUUUAGAGGUUUAGCGGGAGAGGAUCCAAACAAGCACCUUAAGGAGUUCCAUGUGGUGUGCUCGAGUAUGAAACCAAAUGGAACAACAGAGGAAUAAGUGAAGUUAAGGGCAUUCCCAUUUUCUUUAGCAGAUAGCGCUAAGGAAUGGCUUUAUUACCUACCAUCUGGGACCAUAACUACUUGGAAUGAGAUGAAGAGGUUGUUCCUAGAGAAGUAUUUUCUAGCAUCUCGAGCCACACUCAUUAAGAAAGAAAUUUGUGGGAUUCAGCAAUACAAUGGGGAAAACUUAUAUGAAUAUUGGGAAAGGUUUAAGAAAUUGUGUGCUAGCUAUCCGCAUCAUCAAAUAAGUGAGCAAUUACUUCUCCAAUAUUUUUAUGAGGGAUUGAUGCCAAUAGAGAGGAGCAUGAUAGAUGCAACAAGUGGAGGAGCAUUAGUUGAUAAAACUCCUACAGAAGCAAGGAACUUAAUUGCAACCAUGGUGGCAAACUCUCAACAAUUUGGUACUCGAUCCGAUCCACCACCAAGGGAGGUAAAUGAAGUAGGGAUAUCCAAUAAUCUUGACCAACAAUUGAAUAAUUUGACUGCACUUGUGCAACAAAUUGCAAUUGGACAAGUGAAGACGUGGAAUUUGCUCCAAUGUGGGACAUCCUACCGAUAUGUGUCCUACCCUUCAAGAGACAAAUGCAGAACAAGUAAAUGCCAUGGGAGGAUACCAAGGACAACAAAGGCAAAGCAAGAGAAUCUCAAGUUCCAACAAGAAACAAAAAUGUCAAUCAAGAAUUUGGAAAGCCAAGUUAGUCAAUUGGCUACUACUCUUGGAAGAUUAGAGGCGCAUGGGUCCGGAAAGCUUCCUUCCCAACCUUUGGUUAACCCUAGGGAGAAUGCUAGUGCCAUUACUUUGAGAAGUGAAAAUUCGCCAACCGAUUCUUCCAAUGCAAAACAUCCACCUAAGGUACAAUCUAAAGUUCCUAUUAAUACUUACGAACCUCCUUUGCCUUUUCCUAGCAGGUUUGCCACAUCAAAGAAGGAGGAACAUGAACAAGAAAUUUUGGACACUUUUAGAAAAGUACAUGUCAACAUUCCUUUGUUGGAUGCAAUAAAGCAAGUGCCGCGUUAUGCGAAAUUUCUUAAAGAAUUAUGCACCAACAAGAGAAAACUUAAGGGAAAUGAGGUGGUGAGCAUGGGAGAAAAUGUCUCAAUGGUUUUGCAAAGGAAGCUUCCAACAAAGUGCAAAGAUCCGGGUAGUUUCACCAUACCAUGCAUCAUAGCCAAUACAAGGUUUGAGAAAGCAAUGUUAGACUUAGGUGCUUCUAUUAAUGCCAUGCCUUACUCAAUUUAUCUUGAUUUAAAUCUUGGUACUCUUAAAGAGAUUGGCGUAGUUAUUCAACUUGCUAAUCGAUCUAAUGCCUAUCCAAAGGGAGUUGUGGAAGAUGUUUUGGUGCAGGUAAACAAGCUUGUUUUUCCAGUGGAUUUCUACAUGCUUGACAUGAAAGAUGAAACAACUGUGAAAACCAUGCCAAUGCUUUUGGGGAGACCAUUCAUGAAAACAGCCCGUAUGAAAAUAGAUGUGUAUAAUGGGACGUUGACAAUGGAGUUUGAUGGGGAAGUCAUUCAAUUUAACAUCUUUGACGCAAUGAGGUAUCCUAAUGAUGACAAUGAUUGCUUUUCCAUUGAUAUACUUGACUCUUUAAUGCAGCAAAUGUUCAAGCUUAAGGGUAAAGAUCUAUUGGAAGUGGCAAUAUGGAAUGGGUUGUCAACCGAGGAACCUCAAAGUUUUAAUGAAGACGUAGAGUUGGGAGAAUAG